AGAGUUUUGUUUGGCGAUGGCUUUAGUUUUGUCAAAAAGGUCUAAACCUAACUCCAUUAUAUGUUGCCAUAACUAGCUCGCAAGUUUUCCUCUUUUAUCAUGAAAUGAAGUUGAGGGGUGUGCGGUAAAAUUAGGGUUUGUUUUUUGCUCGUAUUUUUGUGGAACUUGUUUUUAAGAAAGAUUUAGAUUUGGUGGGUGUUUUCUUUUUUUUUUUUUUUAAUUUUCUGGGAGGGUUGAUUGAACGCCAAUGCCAUUGGUAUUAGUUUGGGAGAAAGUUGUAGUAUUGGCAUCACAAAUCUCUCAAUUCAAUGUCGUGGGCUAGCCCAGAAGAUAUUUCCCUAUCCACUUCACUCGCCACCUAUCUUGACAAAAAAAUUCUUGUCUUGCUGCGUGACAAUCGAAAGCUCUUGGGUCUUCUUCGUUCCUUUGAUCAAUUUGCAAAUGUUGUUCUUGAAGGUGCUUGUGAACGGAUUAUUGUUGGAGAUCUUUAUUGUGACAUCCCUUUGGGUUUAUAUGUAAUCCGUGGGGAGAAUGUUGUUUUAAUUGGAGAGCUGGAUUUAGAAAAAGAGGAGCUUCCCCCACAUAUGACUCAUGUAUCAACAGAAGAAAUAAAAAGGGCGCAGAAAGCAGAAAAGGAUGCUACUGUGUUAAAGGGCUCCAUGAGAAAAAGAAUGGAGUUCCUUGAUUUUGAUUGAUAGAUCCUGUCGUUUUUAUUACAAGUUCAUAUCUUGUUUGCAAAUAUUAGUGCGGUGGUAACCCCCAAAAAAGAAAAAAAGAGAUGGUGGGAAAAAACAGAACUUGCUUCUUGUCGUGCUGGAGGUUUGUAGAAAAAAGCCAGUAACAAAUCUGAAGACCUAAUUUGCCAAAGUUCCGGGGGAGGAUGUUGGGUUUCCGCAUCUGGACCCUUAGAGCCAUGAUGGCAUUUUCCUUAGACCACUGUAUCAUGGGGGCUAAAUUGAAGUGUGCAGUACACAGAACUGGUUCUUAGUUUUAGCUACGCUUUUGGAUUCUUUUCCCAGUUUUUUAAGAAUGCUGUUUGAUUUCCUAAGUUAUUCUCGUUCUAUUCUUCCAGUUUGUGCAUCGUAGUUGAACAAAUUUAUUGAAAUUGCUUUGGGUCGCUGCUUCGAUGCCGCAUUUUGUAAUGGCAAGGUCUCUUUCUAUUCAUUUGUAAUGUGUUUACGUUAAUUUAAAAUUACAUUCAAGAUUUCUUUUGGUAA